AAUAAUAAUCAAGCGAAGAGAGACGUGCUUCCUGCAAGACUCAGCAAUGGAUGUCAGUAGCUGCAUUAAAACGCCCCGAGAAUGGCUCGGCUUGGUUUGCGCACUGCUUUUACUCACCGAAUCGGUUGUGUGUGACGGUGCAGACGGGAAGAAGGAGCAGGAGUGUUAUAAUUACGCCGGCGGACACGUUUAUCCUGGAGAGGCUUUCCGCGUCCCCGUCUCUGAUCAUUCCCUACACCUGAGCAAAGCCAAAAUCUCAAAACCAGCACCACACUGGGAAGGAACAGCUGUUAUCAAUGGCGAGUUUAAGGAGCUGAAACUGUCAGAUUACAGAGGAAAAUACCUGGUUUUCUUCUUCUACCCUCUGGACUUCACAUUUGUGUGUCCUACUGAGAUCAUCGCCUUCAGCGAUCGUGUGCACGAGUUUCAGGCCAUCAACGCAGAAGUGGUCGCCUGCUCGGUGGACUCUCAGUUUACUCACCUGGCCUGGAUCAACACACCCAGAAAACAAGGAGGUCUCGGACCAAUGAAAAUCCCUCUUCUUUCUGACCUCACGCAUCAGAUAUCCAAAGACUACGGCGUCUUUCUUGAGGAUCAAGGGCACACGCUUCGAGGUCUAUUCAUCAUCGACGAUAAAGGUGUUCUCAGGCAGAUCACCAUGAAUGACCUGCCGGUGGGACGCUCGGUUGAUGAGACCCUCAGACUGGUGCAGGCCUUCCAGUACACCGAUAAACACGGAGAAGUGUGUCCAGCUGGAUGGAAGCCCGGCAGUGAUACGAUUAUUCCAGACCCCGCAGGCAAACUCAAGUACUUUGAUAAACUCAACUGAGCUUAAUGUUUCACUACAAGCGUUUGUUCUGAUGACUGUUUCUGAAGUGCAGAAUAAAAGGAGAGUUUUGAUAAA